AAAAGAAAAGAAAGAAAGUGUGGAAGUAAAGAGAAGGAGGAGUAAGUGAGCAAGGGGAGGGAGCAGAGAAGCGAGCUGGAGACUCUCUCUCUCUCUCUCUCUCUCUCUCUCUCUCUCCUCCACACAGAGUCCCAUACACAUUCGCAGCAGCUGUGCCGCUGUCAGUCCUGGAAUGUAAGCACUGCCGACAGGAGUCUGGUUUUCCCACCGCUAAGAACCAAGAAAGGAGUACCAACCCAGCACUGCUCCCUCACACCCACAGAUGGAUGCUAAGCGCAGCAGAACCUAAGGAACCCAAAAGACACGAGGGAAAGGAAAUACAAUGCCGGUUCUGACAAGGCUACCUUCCAGUGUUUGCCCUCUCAGAAGCUCAUUCCCAUAAUUCACAAGUCAUUGCGGACAUUUCCCUGUCGAUUGGAUACCAUGAUAGGCAAUCAGGCUCUGCUCCUCUUGAUGCUCUAUUUCUUGUGGCCCGGUGCCGCCCUGCCUUUCAUGCCUGGGAAUAUCGGGAAUCUGUUUGGGAUGCCAGAGAGUGACGGGAAGGUUCUUCAGCGCUCCAAACGGGGAUGGAUGUGGAAUCAAUUCUUUCUGCUUGAGGAGUAUGCGGGAAAUGACCAUCAAUACGUUGGCAAGCUGCAUUCUAACGCGGACAAAGGCGACGGCACCGUGAAGUACAUCCUGACCGGAGACGGGGCUGGCAGCCUGUUUCUGAUUGACGAGAAGUCCGGAGAUAUCCACGCCACCAAGAGGCUGGACCGGGAAGAGAAAGCCAUGUACACGCUGCACGCCAAGGUCGUGGACAGAACCACCAAUGCAGAACUCGAACCCGACACUGAGUUCAACAUAAAAAUCCACGACAUCAACGACAACGCGCCGAGAUUUGAAAAAGAGGUGUUCUAUGCCAGCGUCCCUGAAAUGUCCGAAGUUGGUACGUCCGUCGUCACCGUAACUGCCACUGAUGCGGAUGAUCAAACGUACGGGAACAGCGCCAAGCUUGUGUACAGCAUCCUGCAGGGACAGCCGUAUUUCUCUGUGGAUUCGGAAAACGGAACCAUUAAGACAGCUCUGCCUGGCAUGGACAGAGAAGUCAAGGAGCACUACCAGGUUGUGAUUCAGGCCAAAGACAUGGCGGGACAGAUGGGCGGGCUUUCAGGGACCACGACAGUCAGCAUCACCCUCUCCGAUGUCAACGACAGCCCGCCACGCUUCGCCAACCAUUCCUUCCGUGUGACCACCGUGGAGUCUACGGAGAUAGGUGGCGCUAUCGGGCGCAUAAAAGCCGACGAUCCCGACGUGGGCCAUAACGCUGAGAUGGAGUACAGCAUCGUCGGUGGCCACGACACAUUCAACAUCAUCACUGACCAAGCCACACAGGAAGGAGUCAUCAUAAUCAAAAAGGCGCUGGAUUAUGAAAGUAAGAGGGACUACGAUUUCAGAGUGGAGGUGAAAAACACCUACUUAGACGCCAGGUUCAUCCACGGCGUGCAGUUCAAAGACUACGCCACGGUCAAGGUGACGGUGGAGGACGUGGACGAGCCGCCCGUCUUCGCCCGCAACCCUUACAUCAUCGAGGUGCACGAGGACACGGCCGCCGGCAGCUUCGUCGGCGUCGUGCUGGCCAGGGACCCCGACGCCGACAACAAGCCAGUAAAAUACUCCAUUGACCGACACACGGAUCUUGAAAGGCUGUUUAACAUCGAUUCUGUGAAUGGCACCAUCACAACUCUGAAAUCACUCGACAGAGAAAUGUCCAAAUGGCACAACAUCUCUGUGGUGGCCACUGAAAUAAAUAACCCACGGCAGACGACUCGAGUGCCCGUCUUCAUCAAGGUGUUGGACGUCAAUGACAACGCUCCAGAGUUCGCCAUGUCCUACGACACAUUCGUCUGUGAAAACGUCAAAGCAGGACAGGUGCAUGAAAACUGUUGAUCGAUCAACUCAGUU